GUGGGCGAUAGCGAUGCAACGCUGUGUAGCGAUACGUGGUGUCCGCUGAUGCGAUUGUUGGUGGAGGUCCUGGAUACCAACCAUAUGGCCACACAUCAGGCUGUCCUAGCAGCUUUUUCGUCGCUUUCAGUGAACCCAUUCCAACUAUUCCUGACCUAUGCCAAUGCACGACCACAGCUGACGAUUUUCCAGAAUUUGCUUCAUCGAGCCGUUACCUAUAUUCUCUACACACUUUCAUCUUCUCCAUCUCCGCUCAUACAGUAUUUGUUCAAGGAUGUGGAUAUAUUAGGACAAACAUUAGCUGGAUGUGACUUAUCGCAAGGCGACUUUCUUAAUGGUCUGUCCAAACGGACACUGCACGGUUUCUAUUUAAAUUUGGCAUCAUCAAUUCGAUGUGCAUCGGAAUCCUCGCCCAACGCCGAGCUGAUUUCUUCACUAAUUCAAGCAUCAAAUAAUGCAUCACGUUGGGAGACAUUUUUGAAAGAUGUACGUGAAUAUGAGGAAAAAAAUCGUGGGGACGACACCGGGAUCACUCCCCCACCGGCUAGCAAUAUUGUAGACACGGCAAAAAUUGAUGCCUGUGACAUGCCCGAUCAAAUGGUCAGUAAUGCAACACAGGUACGUUUUCGCCAUCAAAAAAUCUAA